CGCACCGGCUCCGCCGAACCAGGCACCUGCGCAGAUGCGACGACGCCGUCUCGACGCUGGCUUUUGUGGUUACCGCCGGCGGACCUAGCGCCUGUUCGCCGCGCGACAACACAGCACGAGUGGAAUGAGAGCGCGGUAGAGCGCCGACGGAGCGAGACGAGGCGCCACCGACUGCAGGCGGCGGCGGGAAGCGCGAGAGCGGGACAGCGCGCGCGCACGGCGCUCACCUAGCCUAGUAGUUGUGGAGAAAAGCUCUCGAAACAGGGCCGACAUGGCAGACGCAGACCUGGACUUCCGGACGGGCGACGCCGGGGCCUCGGCCACCUUCCCCACGCAGUGCUCGGCCCUGCGCAAGAACGGCUUCGUCGUGCUGAAGGGGCGGCCCUGCAAGAUCGUUGAGAUGUCCACCUCCAAGACCGGCAAGCACGGUCACGCCAAGGUUCACAUGGUGGGUAUAGACAUCUUCACUGGGAAGAAGUAUGAGGACAUCUGUCCCUCCACUCACAACAUGGAUGUGCCCAAUAUCAAGAGGAUGGACUACCAGCUGAUUGGAAUACAAGACAGGUACCUGUCUCUGCUCCAGGACAGUGGUGACGUGCGGGAGGACCUGAAGAUGCCCGACGGAGACCUGGGCAGAGAGAUCGAAAGCAAGUUUGAGGCCGCAGAGGAGAUUCUGAUCACGGUUCUGUCUGCAAUGAACGAAGAGGCUGCAGUUGCCAUCAAAGCUAUGGCUAAGUGAGGCGCUACAGGUAAAUGGAGCUCACCUGUCAUCUCGCUGCGGCUGCCCGGCUGGCCCACGCAUGCUACACUAACAAGAAGUCAUCAAAACUUUGCACUGGCAGCAGCUGCACCGCGGUAGCAUUUGGUCAAGAAGUGCAUCACAAAUAUGUAAUAUAACUCCUGCUGUGUUCUGUACACUAGACACAAGGAGUCUGUUUACACUGUUUUACAUCCUACAUCUUUCAUAACAUCCAGCUUCUAAUGAAUCACCUGGUAGGUCCAAGUAUCACCGGCAACUGAGCUGCUGUUUCCUUACACCAGUGUGUAUGUGCAUGAAAUUCUGACCGCAUGUCACUGUAGUCAAUGAGCUGAUAUUUAGAUCACGAUACGAGGAGGACCGUACACUACCGCGGGUACCGUGAGUUCAUGUUCAUUGUCGUCCCACAUCAAUAUUUAAUAAUUAAAUAAUUGACUGUUCUAAUUGGGCCCCAGAAGGUGUUCUAACUGUCCAGUUGUAGGAUGGGCAUGUUUGGUGGUUUGUUUCUUGAUGCAUUUGCUCACAUGUGAUCGGUCUGUGAGAACUUCUGUGGCAUUUUCAGUCUUCUCCUUCCUGAAACUUUGCCUUUUGUCUCUUCUGUUGCUUGCUGCUUGCUGCUUCCUUCUCAGGAACUGACAACACACACAGCUUGUUUAAAGAAGAGCAUAUGACCUCUAUGGCGAUUCUGCUUCCUCUCUUCCCGACUCUUGUUCUUUCUCUCUCUGCUCACCUUUCGAGUGGCACUAGACAAUAAAUGUGGUGAACAAUUGGGGAAAAAUGUCCACAUAUACAAGGUAUACGAACGCAGGUGAGCGAAGUGGAAGGUGCAUAUUCUCGUGCUCGCCCUACAGCGGAGAUGGGGUGUUGUACACGGCCGUGUACCGCGUUGAGGUCAGCCUGCUGCUUCUAAUGGCCGCAGCACUUCACGCGGCAUCCUAUGUUUCUGCCGACCGGUGUCCAGGGGCGCUGUGGGCCACUCAACUGUAGCCCACUGGCACCAUCACGGGGAUGGGGAAAGGAACUGAUGCAGAUACGGACCGCGGGGGCUGGAGAAGAGUCAGUAAAGAGUAAAUGUGUUUUCCUAAACGCCAAUGCGUGUUGAGCUCCCGCGCACAUUGGGUCUUUGCCAAAAUGGGCGUGAACUCAAAGCAGGUCCCACUCCCUGGGCAACCGUGACCCUGAGCAGAGAGCUGCUUGAGGACGGACUGGUCCACGGCUAUGGCCAAAUACCACGUGUACGGAAUCAUCGUGCUUUGAAUUUCACAAACCCCAUCGUAAUGCAGAUCUGUUGUUUACAUAUUCAGCUGUAUUGUUUAUACAAACUUACUGUCGUGUUGCACGUGCAAAGCUGUAACGUUCUCGU